GAUGUUCACGUACACGGUGUCUGUCAGCACUGGCAAACAGGAGUUUGCUGAGACAAUUAAUGACAUAUACCUGACGCUGGUGGGCACGGAGAGAUGCAGUGACCGAACUCUACUGGACAAAUCCGUUGUUGACCAUUUCGCAAGAGGAUCGGUGGUACCUGUUGACAUCAAUGUGAAGGAGAUCCUUGGAGACUUAGUGCUGGUGAAACUUGAGAAGGAGAAAAUCUUGUUCAAUGAUCAUUGGUACUGCAGAUGCAUCAGUGUGACGACACCCUCUGGAGACUGCGUCGAGUUCCCCUGUUAUCGCUGGAUAGACUUUGAAAAGGAAGUGGUUCUUCGAGAUGACAAGGGUGAGCCCUAUUUCUAUCUGCUCACUAUCCAAUCGGAUGAUAAUAUGAAAGAGUACAGGCGCAUGGAACUGGAAUCAAGACAACUACUGUUCAGGUGGAAGGAGUGGCGCCCUGGUUUCCCCAUGAGCAUCGAUGCCAAUUCAAGCACUGAACUUCCUUUGGACAUUCAGUUUGAAGCUGCAAAAUCUGUGGACUUCUCUUUGAAUUACAUUACAGCGAUUAGGAAUCUUGGACUUAAUAAAUUUUUGAAGUUGUCCUCUUGGAAAGAUAUUGCAGAUUUUGAAAAAAUAUUUGUGAAAAUCAAGAACACCGUGUCAGGUUUGAACGUGUCAGAGUAUGUGAUGCAGAACUGGAAUAAGGACUACUUUUUUGGCUAUCAGUUUUUGAAUGGCUGCAAUCCUGUGGUGAUCAGGAAGUGCAUGAAUCUUCCAGACAAGUUUGCAGUCACACAGGAGAUGGUGGAGGGUUCCCUGGAUAGAGGUCUCACACUACAUGAGGAAUUAAAGGCAGGAAACAUCUACAUAGCAGACUAUGCAAUACUGGCGGGAGUGCAAGCCAAUGCCACAGACCCAGAUACCAAGCAGUAUUUGGCUGCUCCCUUCUGCCUGCUGUACAACAACAGCCAGAAUGAAAUCCUACCAAUUGCUAUCCAGCUCAGUCGUCAGACCACCGCAGGGGUGGGGAACACAGUCUUUCUCCCAAGUGAUAAUCAGUAUGACUGGAUGCUAGCCAAGAUGUGGGUGAAAUCCUCCGACUUCAGUGUACACCAGCUGGUCACACACCUUCUCAGGACACAUCUGAUAUCUGAGGUUUUUGCCAUAGCCAUGUACAGACAGCUCGCUGCAGUCCAUCCUGUAUUCAAGUUGCUGAUACCUCAUGUCCGUUUCACCAUUGCCAUCAACACUGCAGCUCGUGAAAAACUCAUCUGUAAAUCCGGGCUCUUUGAUAAGGCCAAUGGCACUGGUGGAAUUGGAAUUGUUGAAGUGAUUCAAAAGGCCAUGAAAACUUUAACCUACAAGUCCCUGUGCUUCCCUGAGGCCAUGAAAGCUCGAGGAGUGGACAACAAGGAAGAUCUGCCCAACUAUUACUACAGAGAUGAUGGCAUGAUGGUCUGGGAGGCAGUGAAAAGUUUUGUUUCUGAUGUGGUCAGGAUCUACUACGGCAGUGAUGAGACCGUUCAGAAGGACGAGGAGAUCCAGGCAUUUGCUCAAGAUGUUUGUUUCUCUGGUAUGAAGAAUUGUCCCAAGGAUUGUGAGUUUCCGAAUUCCCUGAAAACUCGGGAGCAGUUGGUCGAGUACUUGACUCUUGUGAUUUUCACAGCUUCAGCACAACAUGCUGCUGUCAACUUUGGACAGUAUGACUGGUUUGCCUGGAUCCCCAACAGUCCUUCCACCAUGCGGAAGCCUCCUCCCACACAGAAGGGCCAGGUGGACAUGAAGUAUAUCAUGGAGAGUCUGCCAGACCGUGGACGUUCCAGUUGGCAUCUAGGAGCAGUUUGGGCCCUCAGUCAGUACCAGGACGAAGAGCUGUUUUUAGGCGUGUAUCCAGAUAAGCACUUCACUGAACAAUCAGUCAUAGAAGCCACUAAGACUUUCCGCAAGAAAUUAGGUGAAGUGACCAACAUCAUCAAGAGCCGAAAUGAAAAAUUGAAACUGCCCUAUUGGUAUCUGUCUCCAGACAGAAUCCCUAACAGUGUGGCCAUCUGAGAGAGCAUCUGUGGUAAACAUUUCUAAACCACAUUUGAUUUUAACUAGUAUAUGCUUAACAUCCAAAGAAAAUAUGUAGGAAAGCUUGGCGGGCAUGGUUUUAACUGGGCUAUUUGGAUCCACAUCACAACAUAACUUAAUAACAAAAUCAUUGCUACAGUAACUGUAAGGAUUUUAGUCAAAAUGGUAAUCUGGGUAAAAAAAUUAUAAUAAUACAAAUUAUUCCAAAAAAUUAAUGUCUAUACAAA